GGGCGGGCGAGAUUACGGCUACCAAAGGGUCUUCGCGGUAACUCAGAGGAUGUUCUAAAUGAAUGGUGUUCCACGAUAGGGAGCAGAGACGCUUUGUCGAGUCCCCCUCGGAGGGCGGUGAGACCCUUAGAUUGAUUCCUAGCAACAGGGAGGUUCCCGACUGGGAAAGGAUAGAAGGAGUUAAGGCCACUGUGAGCGGGGAGUUCGUGUGGGUAGAGUCAAAAGAAGUUGAGGGUCGAGGGGGUGAGAAGUGUCUCAAGGUGACCGUUGUUAUCUUCGUGGCCCCCAAGGCUUGGGCAAAGGUCGUAGUACCCCUGGUCCUGGGACAAGGGGGUGGGCUGGGUAGGUUGUUACGAGAGGCGAGGGAAGUAAGGGAGGAAUGGAUAAGUAGGGUUCGGGAGCGAUUUGCGUUUACGGCUAUAGAAAGGGAGAGGUUCGCAGGAGAGGGAGAGCUUCCGAGGGCAUGCUAUCCGUUAGAUGUGAAGGUGCCGUCUUUCCUGUUCCAAGGGACUGACGAAGGAAAGAUAGUGAGGCUUCUAGAGAGGGGAAGGAGUCUAGGAUUAUCCUUCGGGGCCCUGUGGACGCUGAUUCGUUGGGAAUUUGAGACCUACAAGGAUGGUAGCGAAGUUAGGGUCGAGGGAAGUGUGGAGCUUAACCCGGAAUUGGGAGAGGACCGAGUGGUCCGCUCCGAGACGGAAUUUCUAGUGGAAGUCCGACGGCUGGCCUUGUGGAAAAGAAGAAGUUGGACCACGCUAGCUAGCUUUUCGGUCCACAUUAGGGACGCGGGUGGAGUGAGGUCCUCAAGAGCUUGGAGAAAACCCUUGCUAGAAGCAGAGAGAAGAUUCGAGGAAGACUCUAGGUAUCUAAGAACAUCGCUGACGUCUAUGACGCACCUUGUGGAAACCCGAUUUUGGGAUAGGACGGGAGAUUACGAGGAGGCUUUGCGUCAAACUCUGCGAGAGGACGAAGAAACCGGUCGCGCUAGGUGCGAGGACUCGUUGGUCGAGGCCGCCACAAGGUUGGCAGGCGUGAGGGACUUGAUUAGGAGAUGUGCGCAAGAAGGGAUUAGGGGCAUCUCGGACCUGGAAAUUGCAAACCUUGCAUUGGCCGCUAGCGAGGAGAAGAAACUGAGGGACUCUUGGUGGACAGUGACCAGUGAGGAGUCGGAGCGAGAGGGUGCUGGCGAGGAUUCUCGUGAAGAGAAGGGGGGAUCGGAGGAAGAAGAGGACUCGGAAGAUAGCACAGACGAUAGUGAGGGGGACGAGCCGGAAGAUAACGCAGACGAUAGGGUCACCGAAGCCCCAAGAGGCGUUCCGGUGGAAUCCCGAUGGGCGGACCCGAUGGACGCGGAGGCAAGGAUAGGGGAAGCGCAGGAAUUUCCUAGAGAUAGGCAGGGGUAUCGACCACUUAGGGCAGAGGAAGAAGAGUGUCAGGACAGGAGGGACUUAAGAGAAGGGAGGUCAGCAGAGACCGGCGGCAGGCCACGGAGAUGGGUCGAAAGGAUCCCGGAGGCCGUCACAGGUGAGAGGCAGGCUUUGGUAGGACAAAGAAUUGGCACGGAAAUGCGAAUGCCGGCGAGAGAAGGGGCGGUUGAGGGCUCGAGGGGCCUUCCUAUAGAAUCUUGGUGGGCGGAUUUACCGGACGCGAGAAUGGGAGAGGCUCUAGAAUUUCCAAGAGAUAGGGUGGGGUGUCGGCCACCCAGGAGAGGGGAGGAAGGGGGACCGAGCAAAAGGGACCUUAGAGACGAGAGGCCAGCAGAGGCUGGUAGUAGGCCACGGAGGUGGGCCGAAAGAGAAUCGGAUGCUGCAUGGGCUCCCCGCGAGAUAACGGGCAGAAGUCAGGGGGUGGAGGCCUGGAGAGGCUUUAAAGGGCAGGACCACGCUCGGUGGGAGACGGAUUGGCCGAAUGAGGAGAGCCGCUACGGGGAAGACCCCUGGGGACCGCCAAGACCCCGGGCACAGAUAGAGGAGCCGGAUCCCUCGUGGUACAAGCCGUACGACCCAGCAAUCGAUGGGCCAAUGGAAGGACCCUAUUUUCGCCGAUACGACGACCGACGAGUCCCCUACUACGACGUCAACCUAGGUCUGGAGGCACUUUUCUUCGACGGACGUGAUGUGACUGGGUUCAUGGAGAAAUGGGAGAGUUAUGCUUACCGUAAAAGAUUCUCCGAAAGAGAAUGGAUCGACUACUUCAUCCAGCACUCGGACCCCGAGUUGGACCGCGCGAUCCGGGCUAUCUACCCCGCGGUUGGUCGAUGGAGGACCUUCGGGACGAGUCUAUUGCGAACUUUCGCCUGUGAUGAUCUGAUCCCUACCGUGGAGGGUUUGCGACGAAUUACAAGGGGAGAACGAGCGAGCUUGGUGACCUUCACCCGUAGGUUCAAGCGCCUGUCCCAAGCCCUGGUGGAUAGGGGGAUGUUGUCUGAAGUGGAUAGGUGCGUGAUGUUCAUGCUGCACCUACCCGAGGAAAAGAGGAAAGAGGUCCUUGAAAAGGCUCCGAGGGAUUCUGCCAAUUUCGAGAAAGUCGCCAAGGUGGUUUUCACAGGGGGAGGAAUGGAUGUGAGGGAGUACAUGAAAGAGACCUUGGACAUGGCACUCCGCAACAUGCGAGGCACGCGGAACGAUGGUCCAAGAGGGAACGAUAGACCGCCCCCGGGUCCACCUGGUCCCCGGUGGGGAGAACGGCCGACCGGAUGGAGGAACGAAUCAAGUGGUCAAGGAGGUUGGAGGAACGGCCGGGAGAUAGGGGGGAAUCGUGGUUCCGAUUGGGGGAAUUCCCAUUGGAAGGAUGCUAGGGAUGGAAGGUGGGGAGACACCCCUCAAGCAAGGACUUCUGGGCCAUGGCCUGAGUGCACACUUUUGGAAUACCUGGCCGCCAGCAAAAGCGUCAGAGAAGAACUCCUAAGCAUCACGAGGAAGGUGAGGGUCCAGCUCGCAGGAGGACCCACUGUGCCGGUGGAAGGUCCAACCAAGGAAGAAGUACAGGCCUCCCGCAUUACCAUGGAGGAACUACCUGUCAACUUCUUCUCAGGUGAGGAGGCCAAGAAAUUCUAUGUGUUAGGCAGCGGCCAGCUCCAGGCUGUGGUAAGUAGGAAAAAGAUGAGGGUUCUAGUAGACAAUGGGUCCAAGUCUACGGUGUGCAGGGACUCCAUCGCACAGGAGAUGGGCUUGGAGAUAGAUCGAGGGGUAUCAAUGUCAAUGGUAGUGGCCGAUAACAAGCUGCAACCGGUGGAAGGGGUGUGUCAUAGCCCCGUGAUUGAGGUCGCUGGCGUAGAGGCCACGGUCCCAAUCUUUUCGGUAAAAGAAUGCUCCUCCGAGUUGAUCCUCGGAAGAACCUGGCUAAGCGCGGUUCACGCUACCACGGUUGAUUUACCGGAAGGAAGUCAGACCCUCUCGAUCCAAAGUCCGGAUGGAAUCCGAGUGGUCCUAAAGACCGUAGAUGUGCAAGAUGAGCGUAACCGGACCAGCGUUGCUAGACGCAAGGGGAGCCAGUCGAGGGUGUGUCGAGUCCGUCUGGAGGAGGUGCCCUUGACGGAUAGGGGACCCAAGGGAGACCAACUGGAGGUCGAGGAUGUAGGGGAUAGGAUUGUGAUUAACGGUAUGGGGUAUGAGAAGGAGGACAAGGAGGAGGAAUUCGGUGGAUGCGUGAGUAUGUCUUUUUUGGAGGUAUACCCCUAGCCGGCGGAGUUAAGAAGCAUAAAACCGUGGCAGAGAAAGUAAAACCCGCCGCGGUCA